CUCCACCUCGAUAGAAUCUCUGGACAACACUUUGACUUCACCUCCGACGACAGUGACAUCUCUGGCGAGCCGUUAUUCUUUACUUUAGGUAGUUGCCUUUAAAAUCACCUGUCAUUGUUAGUUUUUGAGAGGUACGUUUAGCGAAAGGGAAAGGCAUCCGCUUGUGGAGAAUGUCAGGAAUCGACAGCAACCCCUUCGCGGAUCCGGAGUUCAGCAACCCAUUUCAGGAUCCAUCAGUGACUCAAGUAAGACAGGCGGCUCCUCCGGGGUUAGAGGAGUAUAAUCCCUUCACAGAUGGCAAACCAGCGCCUGCGGGUAUGGCACCCAAGACUGCAGGACCCACCGUCAACACACAACCCGCCAUCAUGAAACCCACAGAGGAGCCUCCGGCCUACUCGCAGUCUCAGGCACAGGAUCAGUCUCGGGGGGCCGCUGAGCUGUUGAGGAGACAGGAGGAGCUGGAAAGGAAGGCGGCAGAGCUGGACCGUCGGGAGAGAGAAAUGCAGUCACUCAGCGCUUCAGGAGGCAGGAAAAACAACUGGCCUCCCCUCCCGGAGAACCUCCCUGUGGGCCCCUGCUUCUACCACGACAUCACAGUGGACAUCCCUGUAGAGUUUCAGAAGACAGUCAAGAUCAUGUAUUACCUCUGGAUGUUUCACACAGGGACACUGCUGGCUAACUUGAUCGGAUGCCUCGCCUGGUUCUGUGUGGAUGCAUCGCGCGGCGUGGACUUCGGCCUCGCCAUCCUCUGGUUCAUGCUCUUCACGCCGUGUUCCUUCGUCUGCUGGUACAGACCGCUUUACGGAGCAUUCAGGAGUGACAGCUCGUUCAGGUUCUUCGUUUUCUUCUUCGUGUACAUCUGUCAGUUCGGCGUCUAUGUUCUGCAGUGUAUCGGUAUAUCUGGUUGGGGCGCAAGCGGAUGGAUCUCAGCUCUGACCGGCCUGAAUAAGAGCAUCCCUGUGGGCAUCAUCAUGAUCCUCAUCGCUGCUCUCUUUACCUCGCUGGCUGUCAUGUCUCUCAUCAUGUUCAAAAAGGUCCAUGCGAUGUACCGGACCACCGGAGCCAGCUUCGAGCGGGCCCAGCAGGAGUUUGCCACCGGCGUCAUGUCCAACAAGACGGUCCAGACGGCUGCUGCUACCGCCGCCUCCAGGGCCGCCCAGACAUCCUUCAAGGAGCAGAUCUGAUUGGCUUAAGAGAGCUCGUCCCAUCUUUUCCCGUCCCGUCCAACUCUCUUCCUCUUCGUCUUCGUUCUUUGCCCUGUUUGAACACACGGAGAGUUUUUUCCACAGCCUUUCUGACGACAGCGAAGCGGUUUUUAUGAUUCAUAGAGAAAAACAAUCGGACAGGAUUUUAGUUUUCUUUUUGGACUCCAUCUGGCCGGCGAACAUCAUGCAACUCAUCACAGACUCUGAGCCCCCGCUCACCGACGCUGCACUCCUUCUACCACUCAAACCAGCGUGCUCUGAUUGACCUUCUCUGUGUGAGUUUGUUGUGUGGUUAUGUGUGUGUGUGUGUGUGUGUGUGUGUGUGUGUGUGUGUGUGUGUGUGGCCAACAGCCUCUUUACAUGUCGUGUCUCUACUCUAACUAAACAAAGUCUUUCUGAACUUAACCAGGGCAUUUCUGAUCAUCAGCUGUUUGUGUAAUUCGAUUUAACAAUCACUACUCUCUCUUUUAGUAUUAUCCACUCGUUAUGAUUCAUUAUUUAUUGGACACAUGGAAGUCUUCUUUUUUUCCUCUCUAGUUGUUUGUCAGUGCACAUGCAGGCUGCAGCCUUCUGACUUCUUUUCGCUUAACUGCUGAGACGACAUAACUGACCACUGCUGCCCCCCAGUGGGGUGACCGUGUAUUGUUGAAGAUGAAUGCCGUGCAUUCCAGCUCACUGCCUUGCCUUUCUACUUCUCUGCUUUCCUCUGAAUAUCGUUUUCAAACACGUGUAGUCCAACUGAAUUGAUUUGAAAUGUUACCCAAAAUUGUGUUUGUUAAAGUAUCAAACACUUGGAUUGAUGUGUUCCCUUCGUUUUUUAACCAACUUCGGAAAUUAUAGUGUAGCAGCAAAAAUCUGAAUUUUACAAAAAAUUGAAAAAAACAUAUUCUAAUUUGCAUUUAAAGCUGUGUUAGUAGUAAAGUAGCAGCAGUCAGUCCCAAACUUUGGUUCCAAAAAUAUCUCAACAAGACAGCAUUGAUUGUCAUGAAAUUUUGUGCGGGCAACAAUUUGUCCCCAAGUCGAUGAAUCUUUAGGAUGGUGAUCCUCUAACUUUUUCUGUUGGGUAGAUGUUGACGUUAUAUUCUAUGAAGGAUCCCCGCAGCUUUGACAUUGGUUGUUGUAUCAUUUGGUUCACACAGUCAUAAGGACGAGUAGUGACCGGUUCAAUCGCUCACAUUUUUUGAUCCUGUGAAAUCGUCAGAUCUGAAUUAAAAUGUGUCUCUAACUUUAGUUUACAACCGCAAGCAAGCAAAGUUAAAGCCAUUCAAUUUGUGGACUAUGUCAGCAUGCAAAAACACAAUACAUCGACUCAAAGUGUUGUUAGCAUUGAGAAUCGUACAAUGCUGACUUUGACUAAGCUGCUAGUAUAACUGUGAAGUCUUUAAAUGACAGCUGAUCGCUUCAUUGACGAGUCAGUUAAUCGAUUAAUCGUGUAAGCUGUAACACUGUAGACUGUCACAAGUUUGAAGGUGAUGUUUUCUGCAACAUAGUGAUUGUAUGAUAAAUCAGAAGAGGUAGAUUAAACUACAUUUCCAAAUCUGCAAACCCACUCUCCAUCAUGUACGCUGUGUUUGACACUUAACAGAUUGUUUCAUUUGGGUGAACUCUGAAAGGUGAAAGUUCGUCUACAGUAAUCCCCCGUUUAAAUCAAGAUGCACUUUAAGUCUCGUCUUUAGAUUCUGUCCGCGCGACGGAAACGGUUCAAAAAGGAAGAAAUAUUUAUGAAAUCACCGUCUUCACGCCUUCCUGCUCUCCAUUGUUCAUCCAUAAAUACACCAGCUGAGUUCUUUGGCAGAGUUUUCACUUGAAGCAGAAACCUGUUUUUUUUUUUUUUUUUUUUAAAUCUGUAAUCUCGUCUGAAACUCGUCAGUUAAAGACGCUGUCAACAAACGGUCAGACAUCCACCACUCAUGGUGCAUGUUUAUACUACAGGUGACCUGAAGAGGAAAAGAGUGGAACUCGUCUCCGGCUUUUCUCUGGGAGACUUACCUCAUUUUUUUUUUUUUUUUUACUCAGGAUGAACUCUUCACUUGCAUGACAAACUCAAACAUCUAUGAGACUGUAAAGGAAUCAAACACACACACACCGGACCCCCCCCCCCGGUUUAAAAAAAACAAAAGAGGAGGCGUAAUCAAUAUGUCAGCCGGUACUUUCACAGUUCUAAUUGCUUUGCAUGCUGUGGAAUGACGAUCUCUGAAGUCAUGCACAAUCGAAUCACAACACUAAUAAUGCAUCAAAUCUAAACGCGCUAACUACAUCUCUGAGUGUGUCUUUUUUUCUAAAUAAUACUUACCUUACGUUGCUCCAGUGGGAGCUGCAAUUGUGGGUUUUUUUUUUGUCUCAUGUUAAAGCCAGUUAAGCCUUCUGUGUGUGUGUGUUGCAUGUGUGUGUGUGUGUGUGUGUGAAAUUAAGCCUUUGAAGUCUUAAGCCUGUGUGUGUCUGGGAUCCUUCUUUUUAAAUCCGUCCGAUCUUCCUGCCUUAUUUCGCUCCUUUUUAAUUGAUUGUUUCACACCUGUUUCAUUUGGAUCAGUGCUUGUGUACAUGUGUAAGGACAUGUGUGUGUGCAGAGCGACAUGAGAUUAUUCCUUAAAAAAAGAGUCAGACUGGAGAGGCACCUGCUGUUAUUCUUCAUUUGUUUAAGUAAUGAGAAGCGCUAGACGUGAACUGUGUGCUGUACUGUAAAUGGACUGUGGCUUUAAAGCUUCAAAAUCAACAUGUCCCGUGGUAGAAAACACUGGGAUCUAAUUGAAAAAUAGUCAUCUCUAAAUAAAUUUUAAUGAAAUUAUUCACAGAAAUAAAGUAGAAUUGGAUGUUUGUAUAUUUUGUACGGUUUACAAACGGUCGGCUCUUUGCUCUAAAAAUUUGGAUGUGAUUUUAAAAAUGCACUCUUAUCUGGUUUCACCUUCAGCCGCAUGUCGAGUACUUUGAGUUUUGUAUAUUUAUUGUAUUAACACUGAAUAAAAAUCUUCUUCUGUA